GACAGAGUGGGAGUGGUCUUCCAGUGACAUCUCGUUCUGGUCUGUGUUGUCGGAGUCUGACUUCCUGCUAUAUCCUGAACCACCUGCUGGAGUAUGAACAGAUACGCACAACACUACUAGCUUGUGUUGACUAUGGACUCCUCCCCCUCUAGCCGUGCAGGGUUGGUGUUCCCUGGCCUGGUGGGCAUGUCCCAGGCGGUGGGCGUGGCAAUCGUCGUGGUAACAGGGGUGUGGCUAGGUCAUCAUCAUGGGGGGUUUGCGUGGGAUGGCUCCGCCCACCAGUUCAACGUCCACCCGCUCUGCAUGGUCCUGGGCAUGGUGGUCCUCUAUGGCGACGCGGUCUUGCUGUACAGAGUGUUUCCCAGAGAAUCCAAGAGGAACCUGAAGAUUCUUCACGGCUCCAUUCACCUGCUGGCCCUACUGGUCUCCAUCAUAGGUCUGGUUGCUGUGUUUAACUUCCAUCGGGUGUCUGGGAUCCCUGACCUCUACUCUCUACACAGCUGGUGUGGCGUCCUCACGGUCACCCUCUUCCUCGUCCAGUGGCUGAUGGGCCUGGGUUUCUUCCUGUUUCCGGGGGCGUCGUCGUGGUUACGGGAGUGGUACCUCCCUCUCCAUGCGUUCUUUGGUUUGUUCCUGUUGGCCGUCUCCAUAGCAACCUGUUUGACCGGCAUCACCGAGAAGCUGCUGUUCAGCAUCAUGGAGACGUACUCCCUGAGGGCCCCUGAGGGCCUGCUGGCCAACAGUCUGGCCCUGCUGCUGCUGCUGUUCGGCGGCCUGGUGGGCUUCAUUGUGACCCGGGAGGAGUUCAGACGGCCCCCCCAGCCCGAGGAGGAGGCGCUGUCCGUCCACUUCACCUCCCUGACGCCCAGCUCCCCCUAGCCCUGCUCCUCCCUCCCCCACCCUCCCCCUCAGCCUCCCACUCACCCUCCUCCUCCCCGUCAGCCUCCCC